AUGGAGCCGCUGGACAUUUUGAUCUCGGUAGUGAUGGUUUGUUUCGGGGUGUAUUUGCUGAUCGACAAGCGAUUCCAGUACUGGACCAAUCGUAAUGUUCCUCAAGCAAAGCCGGAAUUAGUGUAUGGUAAUGUUCGCGAGGUUAGCCGAACGAUCCACCUGGCGGACAAGUUUCGGGAGAUUUACAACGAGCUGAAAGGCAGACAUCCGUUGGUGGGGGUCUAUCUGUUUUUCAAACCGGUGGCACUGAUUACUGAUCUGGAGCUGUUGAAGUGUGUGUUUGUGAAGGAUUUCCAGUACUUUCACGAUCGGGGCACGUACUACAACGAGAAGCAUGACCCACUGACGGCUCAUCUCUUCAAUAUUGAGGGCCAGAAAUGGAAAAACCUACGAAACAAGCUCUCGCCAACAUUUACGUCCGGCAAGAUGAAGAUGAUGUUCUCUACGAUCAUUGCGGCUGGAAAGCAGUUUAAGGACUUCAUGGAUGAUACCGUUCAGGAGCAGGUUGACUUUGAACUUAAGGAUGUAAUGGCCCGAUUCACGACGGAUGUGAUUGGGAUGUGUGCGUUCGGUAUCGAGUGUAACAGUAUGCGUGAUCCGGAUGCGGAGUUCCGUGUGAUGGGAAGGAAAAUUUUUGCCCGCCCGCGUGGAAGAGUAAAGAGUUUGGUGAUCAACUCGCUGCCACGACUUGCCAAGCUGAUUGGAUUGCGUACCCUUGAUCCGGAUGUGUCGGACUUUUUCAUGAAGGCUGUGCGAGAUACGAUCAAAUACCGGGUGGAGAACAAUGUGCAGCGCAAUGAUUUUAUGGACAUUCUUAUCCGGAUGCGCAGUGAUAAGGAGACGAAGUCGGACGACGGUACGUUGACGUAUAAUGAAAUUGCUGCCCAAGCUUUUGUGUUCUUUUUGGCCGGAUUCGAAACAUCUUCCACCUUGUUGACGUUUACGCUGUAUGAGCUAGCGUUGAAUCAGGAGGUACAAGAUAAAGGAAGACGGUCUGUGAAGGAGGUACUGGAGCGGCACAACGGAGAACUGACGUACGACGCUGUCAUGGAGAUGCACUACUUGGACCAGAUUCUGAAAGAGAGCCUUCGGAAGUAUCCACCAGUGCCGGUACAUUUCCGAGUAACUUCCAAGGAGUAUCAAGUGCCCGGUACUAAAACGGUACUCGAAGCAGGAACAUCCGUCAUGGUGCCCGUGUACGCAAUACACCGUGAUCCGGAACAUUUCCCCGAUCCGGAACGUUUCGAUCCGGAUCGGUUUACACCGGAACAGGAAGCGAAUCGUCAUCCGUACGCCUGGACACCGUUCGGCGAGGGUCCGAGAAUUUGUGUGGGUCUGCGGUUCGGCAUGAUGCAGGCACGGAUCGGAUUGGCCUACUUGCUGACUGGAUUCCGAUUUACACCGAGCUCCAAGACUAUGGUGCCGAUGAAGCUAGACAUCAAGAGUUUCAUCUUGUCGCCUCAGGGUGGGUUGUGGUUGAAGGUGGAAAAACUAAGGAAAAUGGGAUUCACGGAUAUUGCAAUUACUUUCGGAAUGCUGUGCAUAAUAGUGUAUUUGAUACUCGUUCGAAGAUUUCUGUACUGGAAAGAGCGUAAUGUACCGCAGUUAAAGCCGGAACUGCUAUUUGGUGAUGUGCGAGAGGUGAACAAAAUUUAUCACAUCGGAGAAAAGUUUCGUCAGCUGUACAACGAGCUGAAAGGAAAGCAUCCGUUUGGUGGGAUAUACAUGUUCACCAAACCAGUUGCGUUAAUCACCGAUCUGGAGCUGUUGAAGUGUGUGUUUGUGAAGGAUUUCCAGUACUUCCACGAUCGGGGCACGUACUACAACGAAAAACAUGAUCCACUGUCAGCGCAUCUGUUCAAUCUGGAGGGUCAGAAGUGGAAACAUUUACGCAACAAGAUCUCCCCAACGUUCACGUCCGGCAAGAUGAAGAUGAUGUUUCCAGCGAUCGUGGCUGCUGGGAAGCAAUUUAAGGACUUUAUGGAGGACACUAUCCGAGGGCAUGAGGAACUGGAGCUAAAGGAUGUUUUGGCUCGCUAUACGACGGAUGUGAUUGGGGUGUGUGCGUUCGGUAUCGAGUGCAACAGUAUGCGUGAUCCGGACGCAGAGUUCCGUGCGAUGGGAAGGAAAAUCUUUACCCGUCCUCGUGGCAAGUUACAGCUGUUGCUCAUGAAUGCAUUUCCUAGUGUGGCUAAACUGGUGGGCAUAAAGGUGAUAGUUCCUGAGGUGUCGGACUUUUUCACGAACGUUGUGAAGGACACGAUCAAGUAUCGGGUAGAGAACAAUGUGCAGCGCAGUGAUUUUAUGGACAUUCUGAUCCGAAUGCGCAGUGAUAAGGACACGAAGUCGGACGACGGUACGUUGACAUUUAAUGAAAUUGCUGCCCAAGCUUUUGUGUUCUUUUUGGCCGGAUUUGAAACGUCUUCGUCAUUGAUGGCAUUUACGUUGUACGAGCUGGCGUUGAAUCAAGAGAUACAACAGAAAACCCGAAAAUGUGUGAAGGAUGUUCUUGAGCGACACGGUGGAGAACUGACGUACGAAGCGGCAAUGGAGAUGGAAUAUUUGGACCGAGUAUUGAAAGAGUGUCUUCGGAAGUAUCCUCCAAUAUCGGUACAUUUUCGUAUAACGGCCAAGGAUUAUCUAGUACCGGGAACAAACUCAAUCUUAGAAGCUGGAACGUCCGUCAUGAUUCCCGUGCUUGGCAUUCACCAUGAUUCGGAACAUUUCCCCGAUCCGGAACGUUUCGAUCCGGAUCGGUUUACACCGGAACAGGAAGCUAAACGACACCCAUACGCCUGGACACCGUUCGGUGAGGGUCCGAGAAUUUGUGUGGGACUACGAUUUGGAUUGAUGCAGACACGCAUUGGAUUGGUACACCUUCUCACGGGUUUUCGUUUUUCUUGCUGCUCCAAAACUCCAAUUCCGAUGAAAUUUGACCUUAAGAAUGCUAUUUUAUCACCGAAAGCUGGUAUGUGGCUGAAGAUGGAGAGACUCGCUGAAGUUUAG